UAAUGAGCAGGAAAACAAAAUGAUAUUUUCAAGGAACGAAACAGAUGCGGAAACUAAAGAACCACAUGAGGAAAUUGCGUUGCCACUAAUCCCAGGUGCUAAAAACGAAACAUUUGAAGGAACUAAUGAGCAGGAAAACAAAAUGAUAUUUUCAAGGAACGAAACAGAUGCGGAAACUAAAGAACCACAUGAGGAAAUUGCGUUGCCACUAAUCCCAGGUGCUAAAAACGAAACAUUUGAAGGAACUAAUGAGCAGGAAAACAAAAUGAUAUUUUCAAGGAACGAAACAGAUGCGGAAACUAAAGAACCACAUGAGGAAAUUGCGUUGCCACUAAUCCCAGGUGCUAAGAACGAAACUAAAGAGCAAGAAAACAAAACGGUAUUUUCGAGGAACGAAACGGUUGGCGAAACUAUAGAACCACACGAGGAAAUUUUACCACGAGCGAACAUAACUCACGAGAGCGAAACAGAAACUGAAGGAAACGAAAGCGAAAUUGUACAGAACAAAUCGAUGAAUCUAGAGACCACGAUAGCGGAAAUUGAAACGACCACGAUAGCGAUUGAGGAAAAAACGGAAAGUAUUCAGAAAUUAAAUGAAGAUCUCAGUAAACAAACAAUACUUCUGCAGAACCGAACAGAAGAUCUUGAGAAAAAAUCAAAUGAAAUGAAAAACAAAAUACUAGAAGUGGAAAACAAAACGAUGCGAUUAGAAAAGGAAUCAGAUGCGAUGUUAAUGGAGAGUGUCAUAAUAGGACGAACGAUGCUGCGUGUGGAGACAGAAACCAAUGACAUUGAAAACAAAGCUGUGGGUUUGAAGGAGACGACCGAGAAUCUCCAGAACAAGACAGGAGACCUGCAGGAAGGAACUCAGAGUCUGCAGGCUCAGAUUGAAGCUCUACAGAACAAGAUGAUGCACUUAGAGAACAUGAUGGAAAAAAUCUUGAACAUGACAGUAGAAAUUGAAGACCAUACAUUAGGUCUGGAAAAAGAAACACUGGAUUUGGAGAAUAAGACAGUCGAAUUGGAAGACAAGGUGACUGGUAUUUAUAAUUGGACUCAACAGAUGCAGAAGCGAACGUCGCAACUGGAGAACAAGACUACUGGACUGCGGAGCAAGACAGUAGGCUUGCAAAACAAGGCAUCAGUCCUGAAAAAGAAAGCUUUUCCUGCAGAUGAUGAUGUGUUGUCUGCGAGGAAAACAGUAGGCGUGUAAGACAACAACGCCGCCGGAAAACAAAACAACCCUACUACAACUGUGGAAAGACAAACUGCUGCAGUACAAUGUACAACUCAAGAAAGUACGAACUGUAACCGAAAGGGCAAUCCACAGUGGCGCUGCUGAGGCAGACAGAUGACAGAGAGGCCGAGGAGAUCUGAACGAAGGCUCCUCGUCCCUGUCAUGGAAAGGAAGGAUCUUUUCUUUACCUUACCUUUCCGAACUGAGUGACUUUUUCUCUAUGACUUUCUAAUAA